GGGCGUGCGUUGCUAUUUAAACCGCUUUCCUCAUACAGAUGUCACAGAAGUAAAAGAAAGAAGGAUUUUACUGAGCGUUUGCAAACUGCUAAUCCCAGAGACCCUCCAAAAUGAGUGACAAUAACCCCGUGAAGCAGGAAGUGCAGAACUUUGACAAGAAGUGUCUAAAGAAGACUAGCACGGCAGAGAAGAACACCCUUCCCACCAAGGAGGUUAUUGAACAGGAGAAGAAGGCAUGUGCUGAAGAAGGCUCCAAAUGAAAAGCCACAGUUCCUGCCCCUGGUCCCCUCUCCCCCUCACCUCCCUUCCCAAUGUUGCUAUACAACCCCCUUCCCUUUAAUUUUUCAUUCCUUCUUGAUUCGCUCAUCCUAAUGUCACUCACUUAGAUGCAGCGGGGCAAAGGGUGGCUGGCGCUGAAAGGAUUGUGAGGGGGCCGAGUCCACUCUUCAAGCCAUUCGCAAUCACAGCAAUGUACAUUGUGAUUUUUACUUUGGGAUUCACUCCUGGAAGGGGAAGAAGAAAUUGAAAGUUGGGGGGGGGGG